AUGGGAAGCUUUAACGUAUUGGCGCCCAAGCGAGCGAUGCAGCUGCGAUGCGUGCGCGUGGCAGCGGUGGCGGUGGCCAGCGCAUCAUUGCCGUACCGCAGCGCCGCUGAUGGUCUUCUCACAGCUCCCAGACGACCAGCGGCGAGAGGACUACGCGAAAGAUGGCCUGCGGAUGAGUGCGUCGCCGUUUUGAGCACGGGCACGGGAUCUCUCCGGACUGCCUGGAGAGGCGAAGGGCGACGGACAUGGACACCAAGGCGGCUAGUGACGCAAGCGGAUGACAUCUGCACCAUUGGCACAUGCGGCUGCAUGAGCGAUGCCAACGCUGACGUUGGUCCUGCUACAGCGACAUCUCUGGCGAGCGCUGCCGUGUGCACGCGCUCUCCACUCGCAGGUUUGCGUGUGUGGUGUGCUGCACUGGAGACGCCUCGCCGCUCCUGCGCAUCUCUCGCGGGAGUGGCGCAUGCACCGCCUGGCCCGUCGCACAACUCGCACCGGUUGCGCGGGUCUUAUAGAAAGCGGCACCCCUCAGAUUCCCUGCCAGCAUCAGCUUCGCGGUACACGAAGAGAUCCCAGCAACACAGACGAGCUCAGGCGCCUGCUGGAAGACCCCCGAGGCCGCGGCGAGAGCAAAACGGCGACGCAGGACGGCUGCGGACACCAGUUGACGACUACCGCGAUGACGCUCCUCCAUCGCAGCCGGAGGAGGUGCCGACAGCAGACGACGUAGACGGCGCCUCUGUCGCUGACGGUGACAUGGGUGCAUCCGGUGCGGGUGGCGCCGCUUCUUCGUCUGCGGUGGCUCAUGACGCGGAGGCAGGAUGGGGGCUGGAGGACAUGAACUCUCGAACGGGAAAGACGCAGCUGGAGGAACUGUACGAGCGCACUCGUGAUCGAAUCCGUGCCAUCCUCGAGGGGCCACUGCCCGCGAUGCCACAGGACGGCAGCGUCGAUCCCGAUUUUUUUGUAGGCUUUACAUCUUACAGCUAUCAGCUGCGAGACCAAUACCGCGCCAUCCUUGCGCGCGAGCUGCAGGUGCCGGUGAAGGCGCUGCGGCUGUCCGUUGCGUGGAGUGGCCGCUUCGACGUGCAACGCUUUGGGCGGGCGCAGAAGGUGUGUGGCGUGUCCCUUGAUCGGCGGGUACUGCUGGCAGCGACGCACAGCGAGAGGGAGAAGAACCGGGGUACUGGGCUAGGCCGAAAAGAGGGCGACUUUGAUGCCAAGACGCGCAUCCCCGAGGCAGAUGAGGCAUCAUCCUCGUCGUCUGCCUCGGCGCUUCCAUUACCCGAGGCACUCCAGAAGCGCAUCCAUGCCCUUGUGGCCGCCAUCAACGGACGUAGGCGUGAAGAUCUCCUGCAGAUGUCGUUCUUCCAAGCCUCGCCACCGAUCCCGGAGGUGGAGUUCGCGCUUACCCGACGAGAGCACAGACUUUUGUACCACCUGCACGAAUGGAUACGGCGCCACGUGUUGCAGAGUGCAGUGGUGGUCGUCGUGUACGGUGUUCCUCCUCCGCUGCCAAGUACCACCCCUGACGAUACGCAGGGGACUCCAGCUACGCUUCAUUUUUCGACAAGCUUGCCCGAGCGGCGUGAAGCUACGCACGACACUGCUGACGCCACAAACAGCGACGCAGCUCAGCAGGAUCCGUACGUGCGGUGGGAGCGCCUCUGCCGCACUCGCACGGCAGCGCAGAAACUCGAGGUGCAGGACAAGUGGCUGCGACUGCUUCAUCGACGCAAAGUGGUGCCGUUGAUGAUAUCGCUGACUGCGCUGGCCACCGACGUUGCCGUGGCGGUGGUGCGCGGCGAGGUGCCUCACAUCGACUUACAGCACGCAAAGCAGGAGACGGCGGAGGUGAAGCAGGCCGGUGAGGAGCACGCGGCUGCGUCGGCCACGUCCUCGACGAGUCCGGCAGCGUCGCCGUUGGUACUGAGUGCGAGUCUGCAAGACGUACUGGUGCGCAUCGCAGCGGCGUCGUCGUCAUCGCCACCGUUCACGACGGACGAUGGCGGGGCAUCUGCGGAGGACAAAGAUGACCAUGCUGCAUUUCUUCGUCACGCCCAAGACGUGAUUGCUCCACCACACGGUGCUGACACCGCAGCUUCCGCAGCAGACGUCACUCCGCUCUUCCGACCUGCUUCCACUGCCCAGAAAACGGCGACGAUGCGUUGGGUGCGGCUUGUCUACCAGGCGCUUCUUUUGCGAGAGGCGCAGGGUAGCACUGACUGCAGCGGCCGCACGGAUGCCGAGGAGUCAACCAUGCGCAUUUCGCACCAAGCGUCGCUGCCCGCGCUCUUCGCUCAAGGCGCCUACGCUGGUGGCCAAGGGGAGGUUGCUUACCUGCAGCACAACCGCGCCGCGAUGGACGCGCUGCUGCUGCGUCCGCACGAAAUCUCCUUCAAGAAGAAGUUUCUCAGUCGCAUGCGCAAUGGGCACCGCCGGCUGCGCAUGGAGGAUGAGAGCGCCGCGCCGUACGCUGUGAAUGGGUAA